AUGAGCGCGCAUAUGAACGAAAAUAAUAUUGUUGAGUGUUUGUUCGAAGAUUUACCAUCCGAUAGUGAUAGUUUUACGUCUUACGAUGAUUCUGAUGCCGAUGAAACUUACUUACCUAAUAAAGAUGUUGAAGUAGUGGAGGACAACAAUUUUUCUGAUGAUUUGAUGGAUCAAAAUGACGAUGAACUGGUAGAGAUUUUAAAUUUAGAUGAAGAUACAAAUGAAAUAAUGACUUUCCUUGGUAUGAAUAUUUUAAUGGGCAUAAAACGUAAUCCAAGCUAUAGAGAUUACUGGUCUACAGCUUUGGACUUACAUGACGAUUAUAUAAGUUCUCUUAUGACUGUAAAUCGUUUUGGUUGGCUAUUAUCAUCUUUACACUUAAAUGACAACUCGGUUAUGACAAAACGGGGCGAAACAGUUGAUGAAUCCAUGAUUAAAUUCAAAGGGCGAUCAACUUUAAAGCAAUACAUGCCGAACAAACCAAUUAAAAGAGGGUACAAGGUAUGGUCGUUAGCCGAUAAACAUGGUUAUCUUUGGAAUUUCGAUUUAUACACUGGUAAAAGAGGUGACUCCGUCGAAACAAAUCUUGGAGGACGAGUAGUCAAAGAUUUAACAAAUCCAUUACAACAUAAAAACCACAACGUAUACAUUGAUAAUUUUUUUACAAGUGUACCACUUUUGGCAUAUUUAAAAUCAAAAGGUAUUUUUUGCUGUGGAACUGUUAAAAGUACUAGAAAAUACUUGCCAAAGUUAGAAUCAGAUAAAAACAUGACCAUGGGUGACAUUGACUGGAACAUGAGCGACAAGUAUGAUAUUUCAAUUGUCAAAUGGAAAGACAAACGAGGAGUUACUUUGCUGUCCAACUUUCAUAAUCCUACUGAUGUCGUUGAAGUCAAAAGAAAAUCUAAAGAUGGAACUACAUCAAUGAUUCCUUGUCCCAGUAAAAGUUCCGGAUCACCAUCGCCUCUUCUCGUAAAAAGAGCAUCUGUAUCGCCAUCUGUUCGCAAGGAUCAAUCAGCACAUCAGCCAGACCGGACGACCAGGAGAAGAUGCGCUCAUUGUAGCACUAAAGAAAAGGAAGUUCGAACAGACUGGAAAUGUACCAUAUGUGAUGUACCACUUUCGAAAAAAGAAUAA